AUGAUCAAGUUUGGAUUUUCAACCACGGGCGAGGAGGCCGCUGCUGCGUUGUCUUCCAACAUCCGUGGCCGCACAGUGAUCGUGACUGGAGUCACGCCAGGCGGCCUUGGCCUUGAGACGGCACGCGUGAUCGCGCUGCACGAUCCAAAGCUUCUCGUUCUCGCGGGACGGUCGCGUGAGAAGCUGCAGCAGGCCGAGGAGGCGGUGAGGCGCGCGGCGCCGCAGACGGCCCUGCGCCAGCUCGUUCUCGACCUGGGCUCGCUCUCGGCCGUCCGCAAGGCCGCCGCCGAGGUGAACGGGUGGGACGACGUGCCGGCGGUCGACGUCGUGAUCAACAACGCCGGGAUCAUGGCGACCCCGUUCGCGCUGACCGAGGACGGGAUCGAGAGCCAGUUUGCGACCAAUCACGUCGGCCACUUCCUGUUCACCCAGCUCAUCAUGGCCAAGGUGCUCGCGGGCGGGCCGGGCAAGCGGGUCGUGAACCUGUCCAGCAACGCGUACAGGAGCGGCGGCGUGCGCUACGACGACUGGAACUUCCAGGACGGCAAGACGUACGAACCGUGGGCGGCGUACGGCCAGUCAAAGAGCGCCAACAUACUCUACUCCAAAUCGCUGGCGACCAAAUACAAGAGCAAGGGGCUCACGGCGUUCAGUGUGCAUCCGGGAGCGAUCUGGACCAACCUUGGGCACCACGCCAAAGACGACUUGAAGGCGAUGGGUCUUAUGGACGAGAACGGCUCGUUAAAGGACACCGAGACGAUAAAGUGGAAGACGCUUGGCCAGGGCGUCUCCACCACGAUCGUGGCGGCUUUCGAUCCCUCCAUUGCAGAUCAGAGUGGCGCGUGGCUUUCGGACUGCCAGCCCACAGAGACGCCGGAAGAAUGGCUUCAGGACCCCGACGGCCCCGACAGGCUGUGGAAACUUAGCGAGCAAUUGGUCGGACAGAAGUUUGACGCUUGA